AGCGCUUACUACAGUGCUCUGCGAUCAGUGCUCAGUAAAUACCACUGAUGAGGGCAACGAGCGUAUAUUUUUUCCAAGUGCCCUGGUGCUGUUGGAAACAGAGCCCUGGGCCCGUGGCCAGAUGUCUGUGGAGAAGGACACAACAUCUUGGAUGUGAUACUAUGUUUUUAUGUGCCCACUCUGCCAAUCAAAGUCUGCAAGAGAGACGAAGGAGCUGUCGCGGGAACAUCAUGGAAAAGCAGGUGGUUAAGUCGGUUGAAGAGCGAACGUUCCAGUAUCAGGACUCCCUCCCUCCUCUUCCUGUACCGUCCCUGGGAGAGUCGCUGAAGAAAUACCUGGAUUCAGUGAAACCAUUUGCAACUGAUGAGGAAUAUCAGAGAACUCAAGAAAUAGUUGCCAAGUUUCAACACGGAGUUGGACAGAAGUUGCACCAGAAGUUACUUGAACGGGCCAAAGGAAAAAGGAAUUGGCUGGAAGAGUGGUGGUUGAACGUGGCUUAUUUGGAUGUCCGCAUUCCGUCACAGCUGAAUGUGAAUUUUGCCGGUCCUGCAGCCCACAUCGAACACUACUGGCCCCCAAAACCGGGCACGCAGCUAGAAAGAGGAUGUCUGUCUCUCUGGUAUAACCUGAACUACUGGCAAUUACUAAAAGCAGAAAAGCUGGCCGUUCAUAAAGUUGGAAAUGUCCCUCUGGACAUGAGUCAGUUCCGAAUGCUGUUCUCUACCUGCAAGGUUCCAGGAGUUACUAGAGAUUCGAUCGUGAACUAUUUCCAGACUGAGAGUGAGGGAGUCACCCCAAUUCACAUAGCAGUGCUGUGUCGAGGUCGCGUUUUUGUCUUUGAUGUCAUGCAUGAAGGUGGUAUGCUGACCCCUCCAGAGCUUCUCAGGCAACUUACCUACAUCCAAGAGACAUGCUGCAGAGAGGCUGAUGGCCCCGGAGUAGCUGCGUUAACUAGCGAAGCUCGGACACGCUGGGCAGAGAUACGGAACUACCUGAUUGGUCUGGAUCAGAAGAAUUUAACUCUGCUGGAAAAAAUUCAGAGCAGUCUGCUGGUCUACUCCUUAGACGAUGCUAGCCCACAAGUGACUCCUUUGGAUUAUUCUGAGGGACUUUCACAGGUGCUCGCUGGAGAUCCGACAGUUCGCUGGGGUGACAAAUCAUACAACCUCAUCUCCUUUUCCAAUGGAGUAUUUGGCUGCAAUUGUGAUCAUGCUCCUUACGACGCUAUGGUCAUGGUGAGCAUCUGCCAUUACGUUGAUCAGAAGAUUUUUGAAACAGAAGGAAGAUGGAAGGGUUCCGAUAAAGCCCGAGAUAUACCACAACCAGAGGAACUCGUUUUCACCGUGGACCAGAGAGUAUUAAAUGACAUCGAAGGUGCCAAACAGCAAUAUUUUAAGCAGGCAGCUGAUAUCCAGAUUGUAGCCUAUGUCUUUGCUACUUUUGGCAAAAUGCUCCUGAAGAAGAAACGGCUUCACCCCGACACCUUUGUCCAACUCGCCCUCCAGCUGUCUUAUUAUAGGCUCCAUGGGCGCCCCGGAAGUUGCUACGAAACGGCCACGACGAGGGCUUAUUACCACGGCCGGACGGAAACGGUGAGGUCGUGUACCGUGGAAGCGGUGGAGUGGUGCAAAACCAUGACGGAUCCGUCCACCUGCCUCCUCCAACGGCAGCAAGCAAUGCUCCGGGCAUUUGCGAAGCACAAUAAAAUGAUGAAAGAAUGUUCGGCCGGAAAAGGAUUUGAUCGCCACCUCCUCGGUCUGUCUCUCAUAGCCAAGGAAGAAGGGAUGCCCGUGCCCGAACUCUAUCUGGACUCCCUUUUCUCCAGAAGUGGGGGCGGUGGAAAUUUCGUCCUGUCCACCAGUCUGCUGGGCUACCUGCACGUCCAUGGAGCGGUGGUUCCCAUGGUUCCCCAUGGCUAUGGCUUUUUCUACCACAUCAGAGAUGACAGGAUCGUCAUGGCCUGCACAGCCUGGAGAUCCUGCCCUGAGACAGACGCCCAGGCGCUGACCUCGGCCAUCUUCAAGGCCUUCGGCGACAUGAUGGCGCUGGUACAACCGGCCCAUCUGUAGCCCGGGCCACGGACGGACGAACGGACCCCCCCCCACCCCUCCUCCCAUCCCCCACGGAAGGCGGGCCCCACCCCACGACCCUCGGCCGUGGCUCAGACAGGCCGUGCCCCGGCUCGUUUCCCGGCCCGGCCCUCUCGGGUGAUGAUUCUAAUGAUAAUAACGAUCGUGAUGUUUGGUAAGCACUUACUAUGUGCCAGACACUGUACUCAGCGCUGGAGUGGAUACAAGCAAAUCAGGUUGGACAAAGCCCCCGUCCCACACAGGGCUCACAGGCCAACUAGCCCGGGCCGUUGGGGAGCCGGCUGUUGAGAUGUGGAGGUCAGCGGGGCUGAGGUGAGGACUAACUGGGGCCUCUUCGCCCGGCCCGCCCUCACUUCUGCUUCAUCGGUGGUGCGGGAGAUGGGCUCCGCCCUACCCUCUGCCAUCGCCCUUUCCCCUCGCGAAUGGGAGGGGGACGCCGGCACGGCUCUGUUCUCGGAGAGAAUCGCUCCCCACUCGUGCGAUCGAUUCCAAUCUUACACAAUAAAAGACCCUCGAACCCCUCA